UGCUCGAACAGCUGUAGUAUCUAGAGUUGAGGCUGGGUUUCCACAAUUUCCCUAACUUUCCUUCUGACAUCGAAGCUAGCAGUCCUAGAUUCCCCUCGCUCGCCCGCUGUCAGGCACACUUUCCGGAUCAACAGCAACGAUUGUUAUCUCUCCUGUUUCCCUCCAUUCCUGGGCAAGUAUAUCGCCAGCUUGUAACAACCUUGAAGCGUCAGAUUCUGCAGAGCCGAGCUGCAGCAGCAGCUGUACUUCUUUCACCGUUUAAGACAUCGCCAGCAGCUGCGAAGAACUUCGUUUUCACGUUAGAAGCAAAGUCUCGAAAGAAAAUCGCCAUGGCCUCCACCGUCGCGAACCGCCCUCGAGUCCUUUUGCCCACUUCUCCCAUCCACCGCCUGUCGCGAUCAAACCCAUCCAACUCCUACGUCGACACCCCUGCCUGCCCACCUUUUGCCGACGAUGCUUCCGCCGCUACCCCCUCCGCGGGCGCUCCCAAUGCAACUCCCGCAAGAUUCGCGCAGAUCGACCGUCGUCUGGCGAUGUGGAACCGCGCAACGGCCGGCGCAGGCGCAACCGCUACCGCUCGCGCGGGCCCAUGCGGAGUUCCGCCCUCGCCGCAAGCUGCGCGGCGCCAGAGUACUGGGGAAGUCGCUGCCGCGACGCCGCCCCCCCCGCGCGGCGGCAGCUUAAUUCCGCCCAUCCGGUCCAACAGCAGCCCCGCGAUUCACCUCGCCAAUUCCGCCAACCACGCGGCGACGGUUUACUCGCCCGGCGCGGCUCCUUCCAGCAGAGCGUCUGCGAAUUCCGUUGCUGCUGUAGCAUCUCAAGAUCGCGACGCAGCAUCAAGUGGAGCCUCCUCGCCGCCGUUUCCUGCGAGCCCGAGCUUUACGCGCUCGCGAAGCGCGCAUGUGAAUGGGUGUGCCGCGGCGGUUCCCGGGUCUCCGAGCUGUCCGCGCGCGCCGUCGAGAAGCCUCGGCGAAGCCUCCGCGUUCAGCUUCGGAAGAACGGUCUCUGGAGGCGCGGCGGGUGGGCCUUUUAACACCGGAACUGCCUCAUCCGGGGUUGAAUCUGUCUUCCAAUGGGCGGCGAAGAGACGCAUUGCGAAUCGGAUCAAAGCGGCUGCUAACUGAGUUUGUUGGACGCACAGGGCGGCACAUUGGUCGGUGAAUUUGGCGAGCAUCAUGGCUGUCGCGCGCCGUGGGACGUUUUGCAGUAGCUCCUUUUUGGAGAGUUCAAUUGGGCCUUGUCCCCGAUGUCUCGACCUGAGCCAUCAUCAGGAUGUCUCUCCCCAGCAGACUGGACCUGACACGACCCUUAGCACGAAAUGUAGUAUUUUUUGCCUUCCACAGCAUUGUAGAGCGUUGUGUAAUGGAUAUAUGCUUUGCAUUCUUUCAUUACAUUGAUGCUCCAGAGGGCUCAACAAUAUAUGCUACAUAAUUUC